UGGGGAACUGUACUCCGUUGCCUGGGACCAUGGCCCAAGUCGCAACGUCUGCUCUGCCACAGGGCGGUGAGGAGUCCCCAGAGAGCAGGAUGGCGGUGCGGUUCCUCAUGUCUGCCCUCGAGUCAAUGAAGGACUGGUGUGGUCUCAUCGUGCCCUCUCAGAUGGGAAAAAGCCAUCGGCUGUUCACUUCUGAGGAAUUAGCCACGGAAAACCUUAUGGACAGAAUUGAAACAUUGUCAGAUGCUGGAAGCCUCAUGCUAAGAAGCAGAACACGGUUGGAGCCAGAAGAUGGGCCCCUCAGGUCGAAAGGCACUCAACAUUCGACUGAGCUAGCCGAUCAAAGUAGAGCCGACCACAGUGACAUAGAUGGGGUCAAGGCUGCGGCAGUCAGGCCUUCUGGACCUUCAUUUGCUGAACAGUGUAAAGAGCUGACCAAGUACAAGGCCGAAGUGGCCUGCAUCGCCAUGUAUGAAACAGACGUGUUUGUGGUCGGAACCGACAAAGGACGCGCCUUCGUCAACGCCAGGGCAGAUUUCCAGAAAGAUUUUGCCAAAUACUGUGUUGCUGAAGGACUGCAGGAGAGGAAACCUCUGUGCCCUGAGAACGGGCUUCAGGCGGACGCAGGAGAGACAGAGAUGCUCCGGAGAGCAGUGGAGGACUAUUUCUGCCUCUGUUACGGUAAAGCCUUAGGCACAGCAGCAGUGGUGCCUGUUCCCUAUGAGAAGAUGCUGCGGGACCAGUCGGCCGUGGUCGUGCAGGGCCUCCCUGAGGGCGUGGCCUUUAAGCACCCGGAGCACUACGAUCUGGCAACCCUGAAGUGGAUCCUGGAGAACAAAGCCAGGAUUUCCUUCAUCAUCAGCAGGCCUUUCUUGGAGCCGGCAGAGCAGCCAGGUCCUCACGUGGAGGUCACAGAUGGCGACAGAGCGGUCACAUCGCCCGGCACAAGCCCUGGUUCCCUCCGAGUGAAGACUGAACCCACGGAAGAAUGUGGAAUUCCCCUGAAGGCCAUGGCUCCAUCUGUCAAGAAAGAGUCCGAAGAAGAUGCCAAUUACUCUCCAUAUCUUUUGCAAGAAGCAAGGGAGGACGCCGAAGCUGAGGUGAAGGUCGAAGGAAAGACAGAUUCACUCGGUGUGGUGAAUUCCGCUGCAGGUGUUGAGGACCUUCACAUCGUUCAGGUGGCGAUUCCAGAUACUGAGAAGGAGAAAUCGUCACAUGCUGAGAAGAUUAAACAGCUAAGAGAACAAGUCAAUGAGCUCUUUAGCCGAAAAUUUGGUGAGGCGAUCGGGGUGGAUUUCCCCGUGAAAGUCCCCUACAGGAAGAUCACCUUUAACCCUGGCUGUGUGCUGGUCCAGGGCAUGCCCCCAGGGGUGGUUUUCAAAGCCCCUGGCUACCUGGAAAUCAGCUCCAUGAAGAGGAUACUGGAUGCUGCCGAGUUUAUCAAGUUCACGGUUGUUCGACCACUUCCAGGAGUUGAGCUCAGCAAUGUGGGAAAGCGAAAGAUAGACCAGGAGGGCCGCAUGUUCCAGGAAAAGUGGGAGAGAGCCUACUUCUUCGUGGAAGUGCAGAAUAUCCCGACCUGUUUAAUAUGCAAACAGAGCAUGUCGGUGUCCAAAGAGUACAACCUGAGGCGCCAUUACCAGACCAACCACAGCAAGCACUUCGACCAGUACACCGAGGAGAUGCGCGACGAGAAGCUGCAGGAGCUCAAGGAGGGCUUCGGCGGCGCUCUCUCCUGGACGGCAGAGACCGAGCGUCCGCAGCCAGGCCCCGGCUUCCCGGCUGCCCACCCCCCGGCACACGCCGCCGUGCAGCCGGUGGAAGACAUGGGUUGGACUCUGUGGGGGAAGUUACGCGAGAAGAUCGAGUCGUUCGUGGCCUACUCUGUUGCCAUCGACGAGAUCAGGGACACCAACAACACCCCCCAGUUGGCCAUCUUCAUUCGGGGCGUCGACGAGAACUUUGAGGUGUCCGAAGAGCUGCUGGACACGGUGCCCACGACGGGCACAAGAUCCGGGAGCGAGACCUUCCUCCGCGUGGAGAAAAGUCUGAAGAAGUUCAGCAUCGACUGGUCCAAGCUCGUCAGCGUGGCCUCCACGGGCACGCCCGCCAUGGUGAACGGGACCGACGGGCUGGUGACGAAGCUGAAAGCCAAGGUGGCGGCCACCUGCCAGGGCUCCGCGCCGAAGUCCGUGUGCUGCAUCAUCCACCAGGAGUCCCUGUGCGCUCAGAAGCUGAAGAUGGACCACGUCAUGGACGUGGUGGUGAGCUCCGUGAACUGGAUCUGCUCCCGCGGCCUCAACCACCGGGAGUUCACCACCUUGCUCUACGAACUGGACAGCCAGUAUGGCAGCCUCCUGUACUACUCGGAGAUCAAGUGGCUGGGCCGUGGGCUGGUGCUGAAGAGAUUUUUCGAGUCCUUGGAAGAAAUCGACUCGUUCAUGGCCUCCCGAGGAAACCUGGUGCCCCAGCUGCGCUCUACCGACUGGAUCAAAGACUUGGCUUUUUUGGUGGACAUGACGAUGCAUCUCAACACCCUGACCAUCUCCCUGCAAGGGCAUUCGCAGAUUGUUACCCAAAUGUACGACGUGAUCCGGGCUUUCCUGGCCAAACUGGGCCUUUGGGAAACUCAUUUGGCGAGAAAUAAUCUGGCCCACUUUCCCACCCUGAGAUCGGUUUCCAGCCAGGGAAGCGACGGCCUGCACUACAUCCCGAAGAUCGCAGAACUCCGGAGCGAGUUCCAGGCCCGGCUGGCCGACUUCAAGCUCUGUGAAAGCGAGCUGGCCCUGUUCAGCUCGCCCUUCUCGGUGAAGGUGGACAGCGUGCCGGAGGAGCUGCAGAUGGAACUGAUUGACCUGCAGUGCAACACGGCCCUGAAGGCCAAGUACGACAAAGUGGGGAUCCCCGAGUUCUACAAGUAUCUCUGGAGCAGCUACCCGAAGUACCGACACCACUGCGCCAAGAUUCUCUCCAUGUUCGGGAGCACCUACAUCUGCGAGCAGCUGUUUUCCAUCAUGAAACUGAGCAAGACCAAGCUGAGGGAGUCCCCGUGGGACUCGGUCCUGCACAUCGCCACGUGAUGCAGGCAUGCUGCCGAAGACCGGAACCCUAGAGGCCCCAGGGAGGAUGGGAAGAGAACGUGAAUCCCUCCCUCUGCCGGGCUCGCCAUUGGACUGACACACAGAGUUUGCAGUGUCACACCCGCUUGUGUGGCGUUUUAUGCUUCACCACAGUUCAGUAAAGAUCGACGCCGUUUUAUUGGG